ACCUUUGUGCAAUGGUGGAAAUGUCGAACAAUCUUUUUAGCAACAAGCAAACAAAGAUAAGUGGGGCUUGAAAAGCAGCGAAAAGAAACCGACCAGAGUAGAUAAAUUCCACGCUAACAUGGAGAUAAGAACGAUUUCGAUGCACGCUUUCUUCGCCGUUGGGACCCAAAUCAACCAAUAAACUUCUCACCCAACACAACUACUGUCCAUUUCUACUUUCCCACUUCCACUACGAUCCGCGACUCUCCGCCGCAUCAUCUUCCUGCUUUUACAUGGACCCCACCUUUCGCCACCGCUUCCUUAACAUCUCCCCCUCCGCCGUCGAAGAAAACGGUAACGAAGAUGAGCUGAAUGAGGAUGACGUUCUCUGGACCAAUGACUACACCGAACAAAGCCCCGCUCACCCCACAACUGCCAAAGAAAGCAUUAACCACAACAACCGCGGCAAAUCUUUCUCUCGAAACUCCGGGAUUCUCGCGGCUUUGCCGGACUCUAAUUACCACUCUAUCCUCUAUCGCAAGCCUUCAAUUCCUUCGUCUUCGAAGUCAAUUCCGAUAAUACCGAGGCCGCCUCAGGCUGAGAAAGAGUACGCUUCGCAGUCUGUUCCUGGUGCGAGGAAGCUGAACCAAUCAGCUCCUAUGAAUGUGCCGUUACUGUCAAUUGCCAUGGCGAAGCAGAGGAAUAGCAAGUUCCGGGAUGACGACGAUGACGGCCGCUGCGGUGGAGAUGAGGAGAUGCUGCCGCCUCACGAGAUCGUGGCCAGAGCUUCCAGAAAAUCGCCGAAGACAACGUUUUCGGUGCUGGAAGGGGUUGGAAGAACGCUGAAGCGGAGGGAUCUGAGACAGGUGAGGAAUGCCGUAUGGCGCCAAACUGGGUUUCUUGACUGAUACAUUAUUUCUUUAGAAACAAAAGAAAUUAUGUGAUUCUGGGGUAUUUAAUACAGUGAUUUGGCUUUUUCGUUCCUUGAUUUAAAAAAAAUUGGAAACAGAAUUGAAUAUUAACCACUAAUCAGUAGGAUCAUGCAGAAUGAUCUAUAUGGAUUGGAUUCGGAGUAGAAUAUAAACUGAUCUUCAUUAACUUGAAUUCUUGGUUUCAUCUUUUGUUUUA